AUGCCAAAUCCCAUAACUGUGACCACGAUCAUCUUAGGCCGCGAGCUCCUGACCUAUGACGAAAUCGCGCAGAAGCUUAGUGUGACUCUCGGACGAAAGAUCGAGCAGGAUCGCCUUUCGGAUGAGGACCGAUGUCAGGGACUAGUAAAUGCCGGGGUAUCUAAAUAUUAUACUCGCUUCCUUACCAACACAGAGGUAGCUUCGUCUACCAGAUUUAAAACCCAUCUAAAUGAUGAGGUGGAAAACGUGACUGGUCGUCCGACAAGUUCUGAUAUCUUUGUGUCGGAUUACCGCCCAGUUUGGGUUUAG